AUGAGAACGAGUGCACCAUACAGGCCAGGGCACUCAAACCCAACAACUAUACACAUAGUACCCAUGAUAAGGCCCCGGAACGGUGAAGCUUCAUCGUCGCGCAGCGCUUCGCUUCGCCUUGCUUCGCUGCACCGAGGCACGGGUUCAUCGAGUGGUCCAUGGGGUGAAGGCGCUCCACGCAAGCGCGUACCAACGGAAUUUAAGACGGUCCGACUGGUGCCCUCCGCCAGCGACACCGAGAAGAGCAAAGAGAUGCUUGAGAAGGCUGGCCUAGGGAAGUUCUUCGAGCGGACGCCUGUGAAGGCUCGAGCCACCUACAUCGAUCUCAAGCAGAUCAGUGACGAGAUGAGAACUCAUCAGGGCGAAUCCGGCGCGUGGUACAUCCUGACGAAGAUGGACGAUGGAUCGAUCCCGUUCCUUCUCGACUGA